AUGAAAAUCCUUUGUUUCCAGAAUUACUGUUUGGUAUCAGGAUUUAUCUUAGCCAUGCAAAUUCGAAAGAUCAUGAACGUUAAGACCGAUUUUUAUGAUAUUUGCGUUGAAAUAUUCGAAGAUAAACAAACAUAUCUUUCAUUUAUAAUUUUUCUUACAUUUACUUCAGUAUUAUUAAUCAAAAGAAUGCUGGACUUAUUCAUUGGCAAGCUAAGUCACUCAGAAGUAUUAAGUAUCGCACAUAAUUUUCAAACAAAAUUAAUUUCACUUUGUUUCGAAUACUUAGCAGGAGGUAUCCCUCUCCAUUUAGUAGAAAUUCAUUACCUUACCAAACCACUUCUUUCUUAUGUUACAAUGCUUUAUAUUCGAGAAAGAAUACAUUGCCUCCAAUUAUCACCGAAAUUGCCAACAUUGAAUCAGCACCACAGAUUGAUUACAUCACAAUUUUUACUUCUAUUCAUAAAUCUCUACUUCCUUAACUUACCAUAUUCAAAAGAACUCAUGAAACAAGGAAACAUUGCAUACGCUAUAGCCGCUCCUCUUGAUUGCAUCCUUGUGUACAAUUUCUUCGAAGUUUUGUUGGAUAUAAUCACUCAUUUUGUCUUUAUUUUGGAUAGAGAUAAACUUGGAAGCUCAAAUAAAUCAUUCCAUUUCUUAGUUUACGCAGAAUAUGUUUGCAAAUUCUUGGGAGCUCUAUUUUCCUUAAUUAUGGUCUCAUCAAUCGUAUUCAAACAAAAUUUACAAAUUGCUUUCUUCAUUUUCCCAUUAUUCAACGCUUUCCGUUCUAUUUACGAUAUAUACAACAAGAGAAUGAGAUGGCAGCGAUUAUCUGACGCUUUGAACACCGUUUUCCCGAAUGUCACAGAAGAAGACCUUAAGCGUGACGAUACAUGCAUUAUCUGCCGUGAAACUAUGACAUCUACAACCGCCAAGAAGCUUCCAUGCGGCCAUUGCCUUCAUACAGAUUGUUUGGAGAGAUGGGCCAAAGACCAUUCGAUUUGUCCACUUUGCCAGAAAGACCUCAGUGCUCUAAUUGAUGGAAUUGAUAAGGAUACUCAUAACGAUGAUGUUGAACAAAUUAAUCCAGAUCUUUUAGAUUAA